AGAGAAAGCACAGGACUGAAAACUCAUGAUGAAUUGUUAGGGCAUGUUGAGUUGGUUCUGUCAAUGCCUGCAGUCAGAUGAUUUCACUGGCUGUGCAAGAUGAAAUCUCAUAUUUCAAUGUAUAAGUAAAAGUGUCAAAGUUCAGCUGAAGCAGGGACGAAUCCAGAACAAAUUUUGUGUGUAUUUGUAACUAGGGCACCAGAGCAAUAGAGGAAGCCAAAAUGAGCCGGAAAAGCAAAAGGAGUUUGAAGGAGAAAUUUGCCUUGAAGAACAGCUUGGUUAAAGAAGCCCUCUCAGAAUUCCUGGGAACUUUUAUAUUGAUAGCACUUGGAUGUGGGUGUGUGGGACAGGCUGUCCUUAGCCGAGGAACCCAUGGUGGGCCCAUGACAGUAUCAGUUGGAUUUGCAAUGGCAGUCACCAUAGCAGUGUAUGUGUCUGGGGGCGUUUCUGGUGGUCACAUAAAUCCAGCCGUUUCAUUAGCCAUGUGCGUGACUGGAAGAUUAAAAUGGACCAAAUUGCCAAUUUACAUAUUAGCACAACUCCUGGGAGCAUUUGUUGGAGCAGCGGCUGUCUUUGGGAUUUAUUACGAUGCCUUUAUGGAGUAUAGCAACGGAAAACUUGAAGUCACAGGACCCAACGCAACAGCACAUAUCUUUGCAACCUAUCCAGCUCCGUAUCUGUCCCUCAUAAAUGGAUUUGCAGAUCAGGUGAUGUCGACAGCUGUUCUUCUUCUGGCUAUAUUUGCUAUUUUUGACACCAGAAAUAACAGUGUACCAAAGGGCCUGGAGCCAAUUGUAGUAGGACUUCUUAUAAUUGUUCUUACUUGCGCCUUGGGAAUGAACAGUGGCUGUGCCAUGAACCCGGCCAGGGAUCUAGGCCCAAGGCUCUUCACAGCCAUUGCAGGAUGGGGGAUGGAAGUAUUCACGGCUGGAAAUAAUUGGUGGUGGGUCCCUAUAGUUGCACCUAUGCUGGGAGGUGUACUUGGAGCAAUGACCUAUAUUGUUUUUAUUGAGAUUCAUCACUCAGAUACUCAGCCAGAAGAAAAUGAAGUGUAUGAUAAAUAUGAACUGACCAAUACAGAGUAAGAAGGGAAGAGUUUUCUCUCAUUUUGUUGUUUGUAGUUUUUAUGCAAAUGAUUGUUUGGACCAUAUUAUAAAACCUGUAUGCCUCAAGUAGAAAUUCACAUUUCAAAGCAGAAAAUCUAUGCAGAAGACAAGGUCAAAACCAAUCGCUUUCCAUGAAACAACAGGCUGAUCACAUUCAAAACUGGGAACUUGGGGAUAGGAAGGGUAAAUUGCUGUUCUUUUCACAUGGCUUUCAGGUCAAGUCAUCUCCUAGAUUAAAUUGUAGUGAGAUGAUGCACUGACCUGUUAAUUCAACACAUAUGAUCUCAAUCAUGUUACCUAAUUAACUGAAAAGAGAUGAGAUAUUGUUACGAAAUGGCAUACGUAGGUAGUUAAUUGGUUCAGUGCUGAAUUAACAUGUAAGAGCACCGCUCACAUCCUAGAACCAUUAUUUAAGAAUGGUUCCUCUGAAAAUUAAAAACAAUACCUGAAUUGCCUAAAAGUCAACUGAAAUGGUUCUAAAUAACUUAAAUUUUUAUGAAGUCACUAAUUGAACAGCAAGCAAUCAACCUAUCAGUGAUGAGGUUUAGUAACUCAGAAUACAAUCACAAAAGGUAAAAACUGUGUGUUAUAAGAGCAACGCCAAAAAGACAAAGCACCUUCUGCACAGGUUCUUCAUGUUCAGUUAUUUUUAAACUAUUUACUUGGCCUUUAUGCUACCCAAUAUUAAAAUUCUAACCUAUAAUAUCAACAUGAACCUCUUCCCCUGUGCUUUCUGGAUAAAAUUAAUUCCUGCGGAGAUGGGCCAGCAACAGAGGCUUAUGCUGUGCAGGGGUCAGCACAAGGCCUAUGUCUGUAUAAGCUUUAAAAAGGCUUUCUGCUGCUGAUCUACACAGGGGGCUUUCUUCAGCUUUAGGGGAGUAAUUUUUAUUUGGGAAGCAGUAAUUAAAAUUAGAAACUAGUCUCAGGCCUAGUCCUAGUUCUGAAUUCCCCAAGGAAGGCCAGCUUCUCAUCAGAGUUGUGAAGUAUGGGUUCUCUCUUGCUAAAGAGAAGUGGUUGGACAUACACCACUCCCUAAAUAUCCAGCCUGAAAAAAUGAAGUUAUUUCUGCUUAGUCAUUGUGAAUUGAAUCUAGCCAAUUAAAUCAAAGUUCAUUUCUAAUAUACAUACAUAUAUAUAUAUGGGUGGUGGUGAUCAUGAAUAAAUAGACAUCCUAUUCAGUGAUGCUUCUGAGCUAUUUUCAUGGCAAAACUUCAGGGUACCAAGUUCCAUGCACUCAUUUUAGAGCACUCUUCCCUUUGGAUUCCUACAGUUCUGCUCCCAAACAUUCCACAGUAUUUUCUGAUAUCGGUUCUGAAAGGAGAAACCCUUCAUGUUGCCAGUAAGAGCCUAUGCAUUUUGGUGAGGCAUCCACGCAAGUGUUUUGGAACACACUGUGGUGAGAAUCUGCCUCAGCAUUUGGGCACAUCAGGCCUGUGUCACCACAAGUCUUUAUCACACUCCCUGAUAUGCCACGCUGCAUUCAUGGCAACAAAGAGGUGGAACUAGCAGGUCAAGCAAAGCUUUGCUUGCUGCAGCUGUAAGGCAGAUGAUGUGGUAUACUUGAGGUAGUAUAACUCCAAUUUUAAUUAUGUUGUUGAAGAAAACAUACAGAACUGUAAUGAACUCAGGUUGCCCAGUGACCAUAUCAACCCUGUGCAAAAAAGCUCAUUUGAUUCAGUUUUUCUCUGCUGUGGGUUAAAAACUGAUAUAAGUAUAUCCAUCCACAUUUAACUGCAUUGUAUCAUUAUCUGGAGAGCCUCAAUAACAAGAAGGAGGACUUACAGAAUCAGUCCUCAACGCAAGCAGAGACAGAUACAGGAGAACGAAGAAUACACCAUAGAAAUUAUUCCUAACUGCAGACCUUAUAUCGGCAGCACAGACAAGUUAGUUCAUCUGUCCUGUAUUUUGAUAAAUUGCACUACAUAAAACAAGAUAGUGUGUAAAAGUGAUUGCAGACUGAGCUUCCUUUUGCUCCCUCUUGCAAUGAGUCCUGUCUCACCCCUUGGUGAUACCUGGCAGGAGCACUCAUAGGUGGCUGCCAGCCAUGUGUCUCAAGAGAGAGAUUACAUAGGUUGGAACAGCCAGAGGGCUGCCCUCAGGUCUAAAAGGCGCUUACUCUUCCACUGAUGCCAACAUCUAACAUGAAAUGUCUGUGCAGAAAAAAACAGACAGCCAAUUAACCAGAUGUAACUGACUUUGUCCAAAAUGGUGGAGUCAGAUUAUCACUUAUUGUGCUAGAAUUUUGCAUAGUCUGUAGGCUUCAUACACCUCACGAUAUUGCUUCCUUUAAUACAUCACGGAAAACAUGGGGAAAAGCAGAAUGCAGGUCAGGAAUGAGAAAGGGACAGUUUAUUUAUACAACCUACUGAGUGACCAGCCCACACUCAGUGUGUGUCUGUGCAUUGGCCAAGGUACAUAAAGUUGUAUGUUUCCUCAAAAUCCUACUGAUCAAAACAGAUUUUGCCUGUAAGUCAACACGAUUUGUUUCUCCUGUUUAUGACAUUCCUAUGCACUGAAUUUCUGUAUAAGUCUGAAGUUAUUACUUGUCUGAAGUUAUCAACAUGCAAAUCAUAAGCAGUGACACAGUAGAGUGAUAGCACAGCAAUAUCUAAAAUAUGCUCUCAACAAGUUAUUGUCAAUGCUGUGUUUGCUUAAAGAACUUAUUUUUAAACUUUAAUUAGUAAUUUAAUAGGUUUGCAAGUUCUUUGAAGACGCGUGGUACUAGUACCACAAUUCAUACUGACUUCACAAACCCCAGAAUUUCAUUGAGGAACAAGGUAUUUUAGCCCUGUCUCAGAUUUCACAUAAUUUACAUUUAUAAGAAUGAAUUUCUGAUUUAGGGACAAAACUCAGUUGAGUCUUAACUGCAGAACCACGACCAGUAUCUCUAUAAUAUAAUGGGAACAAUAAUAAUCAUCUCAUGCCAUAAGCUUCCACAGACAUCAUGAUUGUUUUGUGCAAAACAAAAAAUAUUUUUAGUUUGCAUAAACUAUGCAAUUUUCUAAUAUUAAACUGAUAUUCAGUGUUUGCACUCAUGUUGAAUUUAUAUAAUACAGUCGGAAAUAAGAAACAUUUUUUCCAGCUGUAAGACAUUCUGGUUAAUGCAUUAAUAGUAACCAGGCUUGACCAUUUCAGUGUCGAAAAACCUUCAUUUUCAGAGGAUUGUUCAACUCCGUCUGGGUUUGUUCUUUUCGGGCAGUGUGUUUGUUCUUUAGAGCUAAACUUAGUACUGAAGUAAUUUGGAGAGUGAUCCUGCAAAUAGUACUGGGUUAAAGGUUGGCUACUGCAUGUUGUUUCAUAGAAGCCAGUGGAAUUAUUCACAACGGGAGGCAAUACAGGCAAGGAUAAGUGCUCAGAGAAUCGAGCUCGGACUAUAGUGCAAAUUGUACUUUCUUGUAGUUUUGACUGUGGGUCUGGAUGAAUGUGUUAUGGUUCAAAAUAAAGGCAGUCAAUCCCUAAUAAA